AUGGAACCCAAGGCGUGGGCCGGGCCGGCCCGAGUCGGGCCGCCCGAUCUGACACGCAAGCCUGUUUCUGACGACAGUUGCUCACUCUGAUAAACUCAGUAAAUCCUAGGCAACAUGCCCUGACAAUUCAGUUCCUCAACAGUGGUAGUUGAGAGAGGAAGUUUUUUCGCAGUGGUUAUGUCAUGGAGACGGCAGCAACUUGUUAACUGCUAUCACCACCUUCGGGAACGCGCGAACAUGUGAGUCGGAAACGAGUUUGGCGACUGAUGGCGCCGGCGACUUUUAACCCUACAAGGGCAAUCCGACGUGAGUAGAAGGCGUGCGUUAACAAUGGAAACGGACAGGUUGCGGGGUCGAAGAACUCAAACAAAACAACGCCGCCAGCGACAAUAACCGCCCAGUCCCGCAGUUUUUCCCAUUUGCCACGAUUGCAGAUUUAUCUGCGAGGUCCAUCCUUACGUAGAAUAGUCUCUUUUUUUAGUGGAAUCUUUCGCUACCAACUACAACUUCCAAACAGCUGUUUUGUUCAUGGGCAUGCCCGAAAAUUGAGACGUCAAUGAUUAAUCUCACUUCACUUCCGUUGUCUCGAUUUCUCAUUCAACUUCGCGUGAUACUGGUCCAAAAAUCAUUCAAUUUUUUGCUAUUGUUUUGAUCAUUCCGCAAUAUUCCUGAAUAAUCGAACGAAUAGGUUGGUUGCUCGCCAAAUGGUAGUUAAACAAGUUUUUCUCUGCAUCAUAACAAGCCGCUUUUUUUUUACCGUGUUCUGUCCUAGUUUUUGGAUCAAAAAAGGUUUUCUCUAGAAUUUUUUUUUUGUUAAAUUUUUAGUAAAAAGUGUAGAGUUCAUUUAUAGGAGCAAUAAAAAUCAGUAAAUUAUGAUCUGAAUCAGCAAGAGUAUGAUUUACCUGCCAAGUUAACGAUUCAUAUUAUUUUUCCACCCAACCUCGCAAUAACCACAACUUUUGAAACUAAACCAGGUGUUUCACUGAUUUCAAUCAAUUGGUCUGGAAAUAACCUUUUGAGCUAACAGAAAAAUGUUUCCAUUGCUCGUUUCAAGUCGGAAAAUUCUCCUGCCGACACGAAAUUCCAAAUAAAACCGAACAAAAAAAAGUUGUCAAAAGAUUAGUUUUAGAAGCAAAACUUGCAUAAAAAGCUCUGUAGUCCCUAACUUGAGUUACUAACUCGGAACGAAAGUUUCACUUUGAGGAAAAAUUUUACAAUAAAGUGUUCGAAAAAAUGUUAUUCUAGACUUUUUUUUUUCAUGAAACUUCAACUUUUUUUUUGGAAGCAUCAACAGUCGGAAAGGCGAAUCUACCCAAAAUGUAAAGUUAUUUUCUCUUUUUAUAAAAGUUUAUUUUCAAAUCAUUUCCUCUAAAGCUCAAAAGAAGCAUAGACCUUCCGAUCACUCAGACUAUUCACGAUUCUCGUGCCACGCGAGUUUUGAUCGACGCAACUCGUGUCAAUCGUAGCGUGAGUCGUGAAAUGGGAAAAUCCUUCCGCCUGCGACCGGAUAGAUCGGAUAAUUGCCUAUGUGCCUAAAUCGAUUAUUGGUCUACAGUAAUCUUUCUGUCUCAUUGGAACACCCCAAUGUAUGUUUUUCAACCACUUCUCGCUUCGAUAUUAGUUCUUGUUUGUGUGAGGCAACGUCGAAGAAGUAACAAUGUUAAGAGGAUUUGAGAACAAAAAAGCCUUCAGAUAGUCUGUUUAACAAAAUCAAGAGCAAAGUGGAGGUACUAAUAACAUUUUUCGUCUCUUGGAACUCCACUUUUGUCAUAGAAAAGCUCUAAAUACAUUUUUUUUUUUUUGAAGCUUCCGCAUAUGAGUCUAAUUAUCAACACAGUGAUAAUUUUUUUUUAUAAAAGUUUCAUUUCUAGUUGAAUUUUCAUAAAAUUUUCCUUCGUGGUCAUUACGUUACACAGCAAGCAAGAAAUCCCGCCUUUUUUGAAUUCUUUACUGGUUAAGGGAAAGAGAUCUUUUAUUUACUCAUGACAUUCUCUUCUUUUUCUCACAAUAAGCGAUAACUAGACGAUAAAUUCCAACUGACAAUGAAAUAAACCUAAGAAAAGCAGAAACCAGUGAGGCGGCCGGUUUUCCGUUUCUUUUUCCGUCUUCUCCUCUCCUAGUUUCAAUAUUUGAACGCCACCCCCACGUGCUGCCAACUGUGUAUAAAUAGUACUCUAAUCGAGAAUUUUUCAAACUUUCAAUCUUUUUCGUGUCUUUCUAGGAUAUCAGGUAUUGCAGGAGGAUGAACACAAGGGUCGGCGACGUGGAAAGUCCGCGGCGUGGCAGCCCGAGCGAGGUCUUCAGCCGCGACAUCGACCGUAUCCACAAGGACGGACACCACAAAAAAACCAGGUCUCACCUUUUUCUAAGUUGUCUGAACAAAAUACUUGAAAAGUGUUACUUUUUACAGCAAAGAGUACACGAUGAUAUGAAAAAGAUUUGAGAUUUUUUUAUUUGAUAUUUGAUAAGAAAGACUUUAUUUGAGCUUUGCGAGCGGAGUUACUAAUUUUUUUGUUGUGAGAAAAAAAGGAAGAAAUUGAGAUUCAUUUACAUUUUUUUAAAUCGAAAAAAAGCAUCAUUUCUUGCACUUAUUGUUUUUUUAGUAAGUAAAAAAAUUAGUGAAUACAUUUCAUCUCGACAAUGAGUACUAGCAAAAAAAGAUAUUAAAAAAAUUGGGGUGCUGUUCGAUUUUGUUUGUCUUUUCCCUGUUGACCAUUUGACACGAAAAAUCGGUCAAAGGCUUCAUCGAUCCCCAGUUCGGCCAAAUGCGUAUCCAUAUCGAGUCUCUCGAAGGCCUGACUUCUUCGGAAACUCUUAAACAGUCUAAAUUAUCUUCAUUAAGACGUCGUCUAACUCAUCGCUUCGCUAUUUUCUUUAGAAUCCGAAGGUUAAAUUUUCUUCCUUUAUUCAAUUUUUUUCAACGAUUUCAAAAUGGAUCAUGGUCGUUGGAAAAUAAAAGUAUUCCCAAAGUUCCUGCUGUACAAACAAAUUUCGGUUUUCCCUCAAAGCUUCUUUUUGUUUGCGGGUGUCAUUGAAACUGUAAACUAUCUCACUCUCCGUAAUCAAACUUAAAAGUAUUGGAAUUCAAGGAAAUCCAGUUGUUACAUUGGUUACAAUUAAUCUGAGCGAUGGCAGCGCCCAUCCGGAAUAAAUCCGCUUUUCUGGCACGACGCCCACUUUCUAUAAAUCCGUAAUCAAUUGAUAAAGUCUCGUUUUGCCUUGCACUUUUCCUCAUUUUCCCACUGAUGAGCCUCCAGUCGAAGUGAGUUAAUUUUAAGGUAGUUUCAUAGGAAGUAACUGAGACUCGUUUCUCAAAAAGUAUUCCGUUCUCCCAAGAACUUUGCAGCGCUGUAAAAACAAGCCGUCACGGUUUUUUUUUUCUGAUUUAUUGUUCUUCGUAUUUUAUGGCGGCCUAUCGCCAUGAGAAGAAUUGCUAGGAUGACAAUGUUCAAAGUUUUUGUGAGAAAAGUGAACGCUCCCCUUUCGUUUUCUGCAGAGUCAGCAAAAAGUGUCCCAUUAACUAGGUGAGUUGUAGAUCAUUUUUAUUAAUUCGCCACGGCUUCGGAAGUGUCUGCGUUCUCUUUUCCCUCAUCAUCGAGGCCAAAAUGAAAACAGAAUAAAGAACGUCGAGAGAAAAGAGAUCUCAGAUUAAUCAUACUUUUUACUUUGAAGUUUCAGCGAAUAGGUAUGUUAUAAAUGAGAAACCAUCAUCAAACUACUUUGUAUUUAGCUUCGAAAAACUUCAGUUGGAUUUUUUUUCGUUUUUCGGAAAAAAAAACAAUGGAUUUGGGUUGAGAUGGGCGCGAACGAUGGCCAUCGUGUGCGCAGUCCUGGCGACGGUGUUCCUCCUCUCGACCGUCGCUUUGGCCAUCGUCGUCGGCAUCAAGUACAGUCAAGACGACAAACAGAAGGAAUCUACGGUUGGUUCAUUUUUUCUGACAAUUUAUCUCAGUGGAAUCGGAAAAUCAUUCAGCAAAAGGUAGUUAACGAGCCAUUUGAACCGUCUGCAGAACCGACAAUGUCACCUGUAUCGGUAAACUGAAACGUUGUUUCUAAAAAAAAUUUGUGUUGGCUUUUGUGAUUGUUUGAGUGUUUUAUCUCGGUUCGAACAUGAUUGCAAAUGUUACAGGAGCCGAGACAAAAUAGCCACUUCGACUGGCCGGCACCAUCCGGAAGUCUUUUCGCGCAUUACAAGAAGGCGGCGGUCGCUUCAGACCACGGCCUGUGCUCGGAGAUCGGAAGGUGCGUUCUGUAGAUGACCACGGACGGAAGGACGUUCAGAGAUGUGCUCAUCGACGGAGGCAACGCCGUCGAUUCGAUGAUCGCCACGCUUCUCUGCAUCGGAACUGUCAAUCCUCAGUCUUCGGGCAUCGGCGGAGGCUUCCUCAUGACUCUCUACAACUCGUUCGUUUUUUUUUCGUGGGAAUUUUAGAAUUUAACAAUCUAAGUUUUCAUUCGAUUUCAGUCUUCCUCAGUUUGUCAAAAAAAGACAUGAUUGGCUCUUUGAAACAAAAAAAAGCUUGGGUUUGAAAAAAAAAAGAAGAAAAUAAAUAAAAAGAAUGUCUGGUUCUGAACGAUAAGUGAUGAUUGUAGGUCAACAGGCCUCUGUCAGUCGAUCAACGCCCGCGAAUCGGCUCCUUCUGGAGCCACCGAAACUAUGUUCGUGGCAAAUCCUUCGGAAAGCGUCGUAGGUUGUACUUCCGUCGUUUCUUCCGCCGCAAAGCAAAAAACUCAGGAUACAAGUCCAUCGCAACGCCUGGGGAAGUGCAUGGCUAUUGGACAGUGUUCAACAAGUUUGGUUCUGGCAAAGUGACGUGGCGCCGUCUGUUUGAACCGUCGAUCUCGUUGGCUCACAGCGGCUUCCCAGUUUCUUCCAACCUCGCGAUGGUCCUAGCGGACAAAGAGAAACUUAUUCGCGAAGACCCCAACAUGAAGUAGUCCAAGGAACUCUUCCAGUGCGAACUUGGCCUUUUGCAGAGAUAUAUUUGUCAACCCGAGGACCAAUCGCGUAUACGAAGAAGGCGACAUACUGAAGCGACAUCGCCUCGCCAACACCUACAGUCUGCUCGCCAAUGCUACGGAUCCCGUCGAGUUGUUCUACAAAGGCGGUGUCGCUCAGACGAUUGCAGGAGAAAUUACGGACAACGGCACGUGUUUCUUUUUCUGAUUUUCUUCUGCCCCGGUGUUUGUUUGUUCUGCUCUAAUAUUGACGGUUCAAGCGAGCACUAAUGGACUAGAAAAAGUAGGCAAAAAUAAGUUUUCUUUAAGAAAUAUUUCAUUUUCCGAAGGUUGAUUUUUUGAGGUGGUUUGGUGAACGAGUCGGACUUGGCUGCCUACGAAACUCUGAUAGAAGACUCGCCGCUGAUCAGCGGACACCUGCCUGGAGAUUUGGAGAUGUGCGGACCUCCGCCGCCUUCUUCUUUCGUCAUAACCCAGGCAAUCGUUAACAUAAUGGCCCGUAUGUUUCCUUGUUCUGCCCUUUGAUAGCCCUGGUUCCUUUAGAAUUUUACAAAGACGGAAAAGUUGACCUCGACGAUCCGCUCGUCUACCACAGGCUCAUCGAAGCCGAGAAGUUUGCGUACGGUCAGAGAACCAAACUCGGCGAUCCUCGUUACGUCGAAACUUCCAAGCAACUUGUCGAAGAGAUGAUGUCUGCGUUAGUGGGCGCGAUAAUGGUCUAGAAAAGGGCUUCUUCUCAGGGAAUACGCCAAGAAGAUUGCGCAAAAAAUUGCCGAUGUCGCCCAGCCAAUCGAAUUCUACGGCUCCGAUAUGACUGGAAUGGUGCGUUCAAAAUUCCAAUUGUAGUUAUAUUUUCUUUCAGUCGGAGGACAAAUUAUUUACGGUAAGAAACACUUGUUCCGUUAUUUUUGAAACGUUGUGUUGUCCGUUUUGCAUGGAGACUGUACCACGAAGUAAAUCUGAUUUCUUGCACAUCUCCGUAUUUUCACUGGAAAACUUUUUUUUACCUUUUUAAGGAUGAUUUUACAGGCUCCGGACCAUGGUACCUCGCAUGUGACCAUAAUCGACGCUCAAGGCAACGCCGUUUCCACGACUUCAACCAUCAACCAAAUGUCAUUUCUCGUCCCAUUGUCAAUCCUCAAUCUUGAUUUUGCAGUUUUGGCGCAGUAAGAGCCUCACCGACCCUGGGCAUAGUUUGGAAUGACCAAAUGGACGACUUUUCUUCUCCCGGGCUCAAAAACUCGUUCGGCUACGCGCCGUCUGAAACAAACUUCAUUGCGCCGGGAAAACGUCCCAUGAGCAGCAUGAGUCCGAUGAUCAUCUACAACAAGAACGAGAACCGCGUGGAGAUGGUGGUCGGCGCUUCUGGCGGUUCCUACAUCAUUUCCUCGACCGCCCAGACCGUCGUCCGCUCUCUGCUCUUCAACCAGACAGUCAAGGUCUGUGAUGUAGAAAAACUGGAUCACAGAAAGUUUUCAAUUGAAAAAGUACGUUCAAACUUUUUCUUCUCGAUUCUUAAAAAAAAAAAAAGUGACUGGGAAGGUCUCCUCGCUGUGAUUUGCUGCAUCAAGUUCCCGACGAAACUGUGCAGCCCAUAAGAAUUUAUAUUUUGUUUGCUCCAAAAACAGUUUAAGCAAGCGGUGGACUCUCCGCGCUUCCACAACCAAUACUUGCCCGAGGCCACAGAAUGUGAAGAAGCCGUACCAAUCGUGAGUCGACUUCUGUGUGACCCAAAAAUGUAGAUGGCCUUGCAGGAAUUGCGGAAAGUCCUUGUCGAGCAGUACAAACAGAACUUCACAAUGGUACCCAAGCAGAAAUCAGUGGUCCAAGCACUUCAAUCCGAAGAAGGUCUAUCUGGGCUUUUCUUCGUUUUUCACUACGUUUUCCAGGAUUUAUCAAUGGCAACAGCGAUUUCCGGAGGGCAACCGCUACCUAUCCAGCCGGUUACUAG